AUGGAAGGUGCACCAAGAGGGCGUGGUAGAGGGCGCGGACGUGGCCGUGGGCGCGGUAGGGGAUUUGUACCCGAAGAGCCUAUUCCACAAGUAGCACCAAAUCGCACAGCCGAGGAAAAGUUUCGCAAGGAAAAACCUCCAACGUUUGAUGGAUUGGGCGAACCUGCGGAUGCCGAGAAAUGGGUUAGGGCAAUAGAACGGAUCUUCAACUACAUCCGUUGUGAUGAUGAGGAGAAAGUGGCAUGUGCAACUUAUCAGUUGGUGGACGAAGCUGACUUUUGGUGGGAGUCAGUAAGGCGGACUAUGACUGACGAACAGUGGGAGAAUUUCACAUGGGAAGAAUUCAAGGCUGAAUUGUAUGAGAAAUAUAUACCAGGAUGUUACCGACAGAAGAAACAGAAUGAGUUUUGGAAUCUGAGACAGAAAACGGGAACUGUGACUGAGUACGACAGGGCCUUCAAUCAGCUAUCAAGAUAUGCUCCGACGUUGGUGGACAGUGAUGAGAAACGCGCAGAGAAGUUCAGAAACGGACUGCGUCACGAGAUAGCGAUUUCUCUAGCAAGUCAAGGGGGUCUCACAUACGCGCAGACAUUGAGCAGAGCCCUCACUAUUGAGUCAUUGUUGCCAAGGGAAAAAGGAAAAUCCCCCGAACAGUCUGGAUUUGUACCAUCUCAAGAUGGUAGUAAGGGAAAGCGAAAAUGGAAUGAAGGAACUGGUGGAAACAUUGGAAAUGGGAAGAAACCAUGGGUGGCGAAUCAAAAUCGGAACCAACAUCAGAAUCCACAACCUCAAGCAAUGGAAUGA